AUGUCUUGGGCUUUGAGUUAUACUAGUUCAUAUUCAUUCACUUUUGCAUCAUGCACACUGCUGGUAAUAUUGUUACUACUGGGUUUGAGUAGCCAGAGCUGUAACGGGUUGGGGACAUUUGGGUUUGACAUUCACCACCGGUUCUCGGAUACGGUUAAGGCAAUUCUUGGCGCUGAUGGGCUUCCAGAGAAAGGAAGCGUAGAGUACUAUGCUGCCAUGGCCCGCCGUGACCACAUAAUCCAGGGCCGUCACCUUGCCGCCAGUAACAACCAGUCGCCACUCACUUUUGCCAAUGGAAACAAUACGCUUACCGACCCCAGUUUGUCAUUUCUGUAUUAUGCAAAUGUUUCUGUGGGGACACCAAGUUUAUCAUUUUUGGUGGCAUUGGACACAGGCAGUAGUUUGUUCUGGUUACCAUGCGAUUGUCAGAAAAACAUUGCUGUUGGUUGCAAUACCUACACAUACCUAUCAUCUGGAGAGGAAAUAAACCUCAACAUUUAUAGUCCUUCUGCAUCAUCAACAAGUGAAAAAGCUCCUUGCAACAUCAGUACCUUGUGCGAUCAAAAUCAAUGUCUUUCAGCUAGUAGUGACUGUGCUUAUACAUAUGGCUACGUCGAUGGUUCAUCAAAUUCUGGGAUCUUAGUAGAGGAUGUUUUGCACCUAAUUACGGAUGACAAUCAAUUAAAAGCUGUUGAAGCUCAAAUUACUUUUGGUUGUGCACAAAAUCUGGUUGAUGGUACAGUAAACGGUUUACUUGGGCUUGGAAUUGAUGACUUAUCUGUUCCUAGCAUCUUAGUAAGAAAAGGGCUCGAUUCAAAUUCUUUUUCUAUGUGUUUUGGACCUGAUCAUGAGCAUGGGAGAAUAACUUUUGGAGAUGGUGGCAGCUUAGACCAAAAAGAAACACCUUUCACCAUUAUGCAAUCACUUCCAUAUUAUAUGAUCGGCCUCACUCAAAUAACUGUGGGAAGCAGUAGUUCUAAGCUGGAGCUCAGCGCUGCCUUUGACUCUGGUACAUCGUAUACAUUACUAAGAGACCCAGCUUAUACAUUUAUUACUGAGAGUUUCGCUUCCCAAGUCAAAGAAAGUCCGUCCAGUUAUCAGUCGGGCUCCAUUUAUUUAGAUUACUGUUAUGACUUGAGGGCAAAUCAAAACAGUAAUUUGAAUUUCCCUAAAAUCAGUCUGACAUUGAAAGGUGGAGGAGAAUAUUUUGUCAUUGAUCCAAUAUUACCAGUGGUUACUAAUCAGGGCGGAUAUUUGUAUUGCUUGGGUAUUAUCAAAGGUGGAGAUUCUGACUAUAAUACCAUAGGACAAAACUUCAUGACUGGUUAUCGCCUAGUUUUCAAUCGUGAGAAGAUGGUAAUAGGUUGGAAGGCAUCUGACUGUGAGUCCAAUCGUAAUUCGAACUCUCCACCUACUAACCCAUCACAGUCUCUUCCUUUUUCUCCUCCACUAGCAGCAGGGGGUCCUGGAAACGAUUAUCAUGUACCGACAACACCUCUAUCCAUGAUCAAUCAUUCACCCGAGUUGAAGUCUUUUACUUGCGCCCUCAUGAUGCUUCUUGUUUCUUUCUUUGCCAUUAUGUGA